UAAAUCAACGAAUAAAUAAAAGAAAAAUCGAAUAAAAUAAAAUUGAAUAAAAAUAGAAAAGACAUGUUUCAUGGACAGUCAUAUUAAUGAACUAUCAAGAUGAGAUUGACUGACGUCCGGUUGCAAGUCAUGCAAGUCACAUUGCGAGUCUCAUUGUAGCGUUCGGAGUCAAGUCACGAGUUACGAAUCACGGCGUAUAGUAUGGUAUGGCAGCAAUGCAGCAUGGAUGUCUUUAUUCUCUCCUUUUCCCUCCCCUUCCCCUUGGUUCAAAAUUUCUUUUUCUCUUCCUUCGUCGUCCAUCUUUCCUCCUACUCUUCUUUUGUCUAGUCAUUUUCCUUCUUCACUUCUUAGUACCUCCGCCUCGCGCACCUCACAUCUCGCAUCUCGCAUCUCUACCUCUGCAGCACCCCGCCCCGUCCCUAUUCUCAGCGGGCCUCUCUCCGGCGUCGACUUCCCUCCCUCCGUAUCCUCCUCUGAACUUCCUCCUCUCACUGGGUCCAAAAACCUCCAACCCGGGCCCGAGAAAAAACCAGAAUAACCUUACAAAAGAAAAAGAAAAUAAAAAAAAUAAAAAAGAAAAGUAAAAAUCCGCAACUAGAUUCUUCGUAGAGUUUUCCUUUCUUCAAGGGUUUAAUGGAUGCAGGAGGUUCAAACUGCUCAUUGGACAAGUGAUACUGACAAAAGAUCAA